ACAUUGAUGCAUCUUCUUGGAUCGAUGAGCAAGGGGUCAAGUCCUAUAGGCCACUCAUAGCCUCUGAUCACAAUCUCAAGCCGCUCUGGUUACCAAGUCUCAGUGCUUCAAGAGAACGGGAUAUCCUUUAGCCCAAAAAACAACGGGGAAGGGCAGGGUUUGGGAAAGGAUGGACGAGGGUCCUUUCACCCCAUCAUCGGGUCUGGGUAGGGACUUGGCUUCAUGGGUUCAAAUCAAGUCCUAUCUCUUUUUCGUCGAAGUCAAAAGGUGUUCAAAUUGAGGGUGAGUGGGAGAGAUGGGGGCCGCCAAGAUCCAAAUUUUAUCGGGCGAAGUCACGCCUUUCUAUAGCUACCCUUAGAAUAGUAGAUGCAUGCACGUUGUAUCAAUAGAAACCUUGGCAUUCUUGGCCUGUCGUGCCAAUGAUUGUUCUACUUUCAGAGUUGGGGCUUGCAAGGAAGGGACACGUUCCAAUCUUCCCACGCAUCUUUGGCCAUGAGGCAACAAGGAUUAUUCAAAGUGUUGGAGAAGAUGUAAUUGAUCUACGUGAGGAUGAUUGUGUGCUUACCUUUUUUACCGGGGAGUGCAAGGAGUGUAUGCAUUCUAAAUCUGACAAAAGAAACAUGUCUGAAACAUUAAGAAUGGUAAGAAAAGGUGUCAUGCGUAGUGAUCAGAAAACCCAUUUUUCUGUAAAUGGCAAGCCUAUCUCUCACUUUUGUGUAGUUUCAAGCUUUAGUGAGUACGCUGUCGUGCACUCUGGGUACAUUGUUAAACUGAGCUCAUAUGUUCCCUUUGGAAAAAUAUGUGUCCUCGGCUGUGGCAUUGCAACAGAUGUAUUGGAAAGCGUCAACGAGUAUAUUGAUGAUGCUGAAAUGAUGGAUGAAAUGACUACUAGGAGCUGUUGUGAAUUGAAACACCGGCCUGGUCACACUGAAGAUUAGAAUCAGACCAUGUAGGUGCCAAUUCAAAAACAUAAAUGUAUUAUUCAAAAUUUCGGUACAUUCUCUUUGUGUUGCUAGAGCUAUAUAGAUAUUGUAAGGUUUUGUUUAAGAAACACAUAGUUGUUUUAUUUUCAAGGAAACGAAAAGUUGAUCAAUACAAAAACACAAAAUGGCUGGCAAUGGUCAACAUGUUCUCAACCAUUAUUUAGACUUAAAACUCAUUGCUAAACUAAAGGGUGUUUUGGGACCCAAGAUUCUGAAUGAUAAAAUUAUUCUUAAAGGGUGCUAGCUCAAUGGAAGAGUACCUGCUU